AUCAAUACAAAAUUUUAUUAGCAUUUAAUAGUUAUUCGAUGCUAAUGCUAAUGAAACUUAUAAUUAGAUCUUAAUGAAAGAUAAAAUUAUAAAAUGCUCUUAUUUAAAAGUCAUUGCCGAUAAUAGAUGUUGGAUAUAUAAUUUCAUUUUGAUGUUCAACUAAUUAUACUCAAAAAUUGAGGCCAAAAAAACUAUAAUUUUAAUUCACUAAAUAAAACAGAUAAUAAUAAAUCGAAACACGGCAAAAAUGCAGUAACGGCCCCUCUCCCAGAGGUGACCAAUGAGGAUGCGUCAGGUUGUCAGACGGCAACAUUUUGUAAAAAAGUAUGAAGAAUAAAACUUUUAUACCAGCUAGACAAAUUGCGAAGUAAUUGUUUCACUAUACAUAAGUACAGGUCUACCCAACGCUUGUUCUGUUAACAGUGUAGGGACAUCAUCACUGAAAUCUAGGAUGGAGUCAUGUAUAUUGAAGAUAGAUAGAUACAGUAAUAAAUACAUAAAAUAAUUGUCAAAUGAUAUUUAAUGCAUAGAUUAAAAACUAAAACAAAUAAUGCCAUAAAUAUAAUACUAUUUUCUACAUGGUAAAUAAUGAAAAUAAAAUAGUUGAUUGAAAAAAUAUAUAAUAGCAUGUAAAGUAAAGGAAAAUUAUUAUAGUAAUUUUUUUUUAUUAGUAUUUUUUCUUAAUAAUACGAAAAAUGAUUCUAAAAAAUAUUAUAUUAUUAUUGACCAUUCAUUUAAUAUUUGGGAUAUCCUUUCGUGAUUUACAGUGUAAUUUUAUGAAAUAUAUGUUAAAUUAUUUUAAUCAUAAUUACCGCUAUUUAAUUGAAAUGAUAGAAAACAAAGAAAAAUAUGACGUGGAUAGUUUAAGCAAAUAUGGCAAUGCAAUAAAAACUCAUGGCGAAAUCGUAUUAAUAAUGUUAGAUAUUUUAAGGGAAGCUGAUAAAAAUUUUUACUCGUCAGAUUUGAUAUCAGUCAAUUUAUACAUAAAUAAUGUUUCUGAGAAUAUAGAUUUCUAUGCUAAAAAUGGUAACGGAAUAUUUGAUUUGUCAGAUAAAAUUUCCAGUAUUAUUAAAGGUUACAAAAUGCAUCAUGAGUUCUUUUCAGAUCAUUUAGAGCUUAAAAUAUUUAAACAUUGCAGUUGUACCACAUUUGACGAAGUAUUUAUUUAUUUUCCUGAUUACAACGAAUCAGGUGAAUAUACUCUUAAAAAUUUUCAAAUUGUUUCAAAUAAACUUAGAAACCGAUUGUUACAAAGUGAUAAACAUCAAAACGACACCGAUGAAUAUAUUAAAAAUUUAAAAUUUAGUAGAGUAUAUUUUUAUUUUAAAAAAGCUAUUAAAAGGUGUGAAUACUGGGAAUUUUUACCAAAAAAUUUAUUAUUUUAUGACUUUAUGAUGAAUAAUCGCGAAAUUUCUGAAAAAGAUCUUAUAAGAAAUUCUCAGGAUAAACAAUAUCCACAGUUAAUAAACGGAAGAAUUCAAAAUGUUUUAGAUUUUAUUCGAUUUGCACCACUCGCUAUAAUUUGUCCCGACGAAAGCCACUUGACCCUUUUUGAUAUAUUUAGAUUUAUCAAAUAUAGUUUUUUCACAAAAGAUAUACAAGUAUUUCAUGUACUUAUAAUGACUGCAACAUUUCGUCCUAUUGCUUUACUCGUUAGACUUUUUAUCAAUAUUCUUAGGUCCUCAAUAGAAGUUUACAAUUUUUAUAGUAACGAAAAAGAAAGUUUAAUAUUGUAUCAUAAUAUUAUUUUUGUUGGUAAUAGAAUAAUUGAAAUUUUUCAAGAUUUUGUUAAUUUGAAUCUCUUUGGUGACGGGCCGGCUGAUGUCUUUUUUACAUUUUCAAAAAAAACUUCUAAAUGUCUUAAAUAUUUCAUUAAUAAAGAUAAAACAAGUGUCAAGUUUACAUCCAUAAAACUGAUGCAUUCAUUAAAAUCAGUUUUUAAUUAUAACAAAUUUAAUUUUGAUAAUAUGUAUGAGUAUACUACAAAGGAUAUUAUCAAUAAUUGCUUUAAUGAAUUGACUGUAAACACGAAACAUGCUGAAACAUUUAUAAGAAACUUAGAAGAACACAAAAAAUUCUUUGAAAUAACCAAAAAAACUUUGAAUAUUAAUCACAAGUUAAAUAAUACACACACUUAUGUUUUUAAUAAAUUUACAAUAAAUUUGUUAUGUCAAACUAAAGAUAUUAACACAUUAUCAUAUAAAUUCAAUGAUGAAUAUGUCACUCAAAUUGUUGAUUACAAUAAAAAAAUUACAUCUGAUGAUGAUGAAAAUAGAAACAAAUAUAUGAGUAAAGAAAAUUAUCCUGAUGAUUAUUUAAAUAAUAAUGAUAACUGCGAUUACUAUUUAUUAUAA